CAGAGUAAAACUGGCUAUCCUUAUAAAAAUAACUCUUCAAAAAUCUUUGGCAUUGAGCAUCUGACAUCCAAAAGAAUCAAACUAAAUUUGCACUCACAUUAUACAUCAAAGAUGAAUGCAGAUAUAAACUUAAUCAUUAUUUUCGUCCUAAUGGGAGAAUUUAUUUCGGAAUCCCAAUCCAAAUUUGGACACCCUGGAACUCCAGCUUCAGCCACAAUUCUAUUAAAUGGAACCUACACCUGGGAGUAUUUCCAAGAUAUUGAUAACUCUGCCAGAGAUCACCCAAUCUCAAUAAAUACCUCGUUGAUUGGAAGCUAUUCCAGUCUCGUGGAUGCUAUCAGAGAGUCAAAGGACAAUACAAGUCCUCCUGCAGAUUUCGACUUUUCCGGAGAAUUUGAGAUUGACGAGGUCGAAAUAAAAGAUAACCUUGGGUUGGACACGUCCGAGAUAAAGAACGUAUUAACUAACAUUGUAAAAAAGAAGCAUUCCAUAAAAACGGUCACCUCCAGAGAGUUGAGUGGCGAUGAUUUUGCAACUGUGUCUCUACAAUCAGAAAAAUUACCGCUGUAUCGACUCGUCUUUCGUGGGGCUGGCAUCAUUCAUGACACAGAUUCAGUUUCCACUACUCGUCAUCCCGCUGACCAAAUUGGAAUUUCUCUGGAAUUAAAUCAACCCUACUUUCUCUCAGGGAUUGAGGUUGUCUACACGAAAGACAACAGUAGCAAACCGGACAGCAUUAUCAGCGAAGUGAAUGGAAAAAAUGCUGAUUUAAAUGCGGGUUUUGGGGGUGACUACAUUUGGCUUGUGCCAAAAUGGACUAGUCGACUGGACCAGGGGUUGACCUCACUCCGGAUAGAAUUGCAAAACACGGAGGACAAGGCUUUCAAGGAUUUGGCCAAAGGGGCCGGUGGGCUUUAUCGUUAUUUGAAGACGGUAAAGGAUGUCACGGUCAAGAAACGGAUUAGUGAAGUCGCUUUGUGGAGAACAGAUAAGGCUGACGAGAUUCCGGGUGGGCAUCCGUGGGAGGGAUGCACAUCAGAUAUUAACCAGUAUCGAAAGAAAGAUUAUCUGUACAUCUGCUGGAAAAGUACAUAAAUAAAUGUGACCAUGUCUAUUUCAAAUAUUUUAUUUCAAACGAUUUACAAAAUUAUCUUGUUUCCUUUCGAGAUUAGGUUAUCAAAAAUUUGACACUUUGUUAUAUUAAAAAUGCGAAAUAAAUGGACAAAAUUUAA